AUGACUGACAAAAAAGAGAUCAAGAUGAAACAAGUGUACAGUGGGCCAUCGUCGUCACUUCCGGCCAAAUCCUCUUGCGCUGAGAAUGGCGAGUCGUUUCAAGCUGGAGCGUUUGGCGUUCGGAUCCUCGAGAGCAACGUAAUCGGCUAGUCCCUCAAAACGUUUCUGUCUCAGCUCGGGAUGCAUCCUUCUGAAGUUUUCUUUUAG